GCACGGCUAACUCGUGUUGACGCACUGUUUCCUGUCAACAACAACCAAAAAUUUCAGCAAUCUGGAUCUGUUUCUUACCCUCUUAAAGUCAGGAAGAAUCUUUAAAAAAUAUUUAUACAUCUCACUGAUGACCGCCGGUAGUGUGAUCUUUUACCUGGGGGUGCUCAUGCUCGUGCACGCAGUGUACAUGGCGUACUCGAUUCGGGAGCAGCUCCAAUCACUGCACCACGGUCGUAGCUACGUCCCCGCAGUAAACUUCGGGGGCCUUAGCUUGCCGGUGACCACGAUGAUGAUUCCCAUUACCGUAGAGGUGCUGGCUGGUACCGUGAUGGGCAUCGUCGGGUUUGUGCAGCGCAAUAAACUCCACAAGGCGCGCUUGUCGGAUGUGACGAGGUACAUGCGCUAUGACCACCAGCUGAACACCGGCGUUGGCUUCGUCCACUUCAACCACCGCGGCACCGUCGCGUGCAGGAAGGAUGAGCUGGAUGAAAGCCAGAAACCCAUGGCACAGAAGAAGUCGGACUAA